AUGUUGCCUCCAGAGAGCGUGUCGUCUCGUAGCGACGCCUGGCUCGGCUCUGGGCCUUAUCUACAGUCGGCGCGGCUCUAUGCAGCUGGCGUGGCGCGGCAGGGCGGGCUCACACAAGCCACAGGGCCGCCCAAGUGCGCAGAGCCGCGGGGCCGCCCAAGGGCGCAGAGCCGUGGGCCCGCCCAAGUGCGCAGAGCCGAGGGGCCGCCCAAGUGCGCAGAGCCGCAGGGCCGCCCAAGUGCGCAGAGCCGCAGGGCCGCCCACGUGCGCAGAGCCGCGGGGCCGCCCAAGUGCGCAGAGCUGCGGGCCCGCCCAAGUGCGCAGAGCCGCGGGGCCGCCCAAGUGCGCAGAUCCGCAGGGCCGCCCAAGUGCGCAGAGCCGCGGGGCCGCCCAAGUGCGCAGAUCCGCAGGGCCGCCCAAGUGCGCAGAGCCGCGGGCCCGCCCAAGUGCGCAGAGCCGCGGGGCCGCCCAAGUGCGCAGAGCCGCGGGCCCGCCCAAGUGCGCAGAGCCGCGGGGCCGCCCAAGUGCGCAGAGCCGCGGGGCCGCCCAAGUGCGCAGAGCCGCGGGGUCGCCCAAGUGCGCAGAGCCGCGGGGCCGCCCAAGUGCGCAGAGCCGCGGGGCCGCCAAAGUGCGCAGAGCCGCGGGGCCGCCCAAGUGCGCAGAGCCGCGGGGCCGCCCAAGUGCGCAGAGCCGCGGGGCCGCCCAAGUGCGCAGAGCCGCGGGGCCGCCCAAGUGCGCAGAGCCGCGGGGCCGCCCAAGUGCGCAGAGCCGCGGGGCCGCCCAAGUGCGCAGAGCCGCGGGGCCGCCCAAGUGCGCAGAGCCGCGGGGCCGCCCAAGUGCGCAGAGCCGCGGGCCCGCCCAAGUGCGCAGAGCCGCGGGGCCGCCCAAGUGCGCAGAGCCGCGGGGCCGCCAAAGUGCGCAGAGCCGCGGGGCCGCCCAAGUGCGCAGAGCCGCGGGCCCGCCCAAGUGCGCAGAGCCGCGGGGCCGCCCAAGUGCGCAGAGCCGCGGGGCCGCCCAAAUGCGCAGAGCCGCAGGGCCGCCCAAGUGCGCAGAGCCGCGGGGCCGCCCAAAUGCGCAGAGCCGAGGGGCCGCCCAAGUGCGCAGAGCCGCAGGGCCGCCCAAGUGCGCAGAGCCGCGGGGCCGCCCAAGUGCGCAGAGCCGCGGGGCCGCCCAAGUGCGCAGAGCCGCAGGGCCGCCCAAGUGCGCAGAGCCGCAGGGCCGCCCAAGUGCGCAGAGCCGCGGGCCCGCCCAAGUGCGCAUAGUCGCGGGCCCGCCCAAGUGCGCAGAGCCGCGGGCCCGCCCAAGUGCGCAGAGUCGCGGGCCCGCCCAAGUGCGCUGAGCCGCGGGCCCGCCCAAGUGCGCAGAGCCGCGGGGCCGCCCAAGUGCCCAGAGCCGCAGGGCCGCCCAAGUGCGCAGAGCCGCGGGGCCGCCCAAGUGCGCAGAGCCGCCGGGCCGCCCAAGUGCGCAGAGCCGCAGGGCCGCCCAAGUGCGCAGAGCCGCGGGGCCGCCCAAGUGCGCAGAGCCGCAGGGCCGCCCAAGUGCGCAGAGCCGCAGGGCCGCCCAAGUGCGCAGAGCCGCAGGGCCGCCCAAGUGCGCAGAGCCGCAGGCCCGCCCAAGUGCGCAGAGCCCGGAGACACGCCACAAGGGAGAUACGCCACAAGGGAGACACGCCACAAGGGAGACACGCCACAAGGGAGACACGCCACAAGGGAGAUACGCCACAAGGGAGACACGCCACAAGGGAGACACGCCACAAGGGAGACACGCCACAAGGGAGACACGCCACAAGGGAGACACGCCACAAGGGAGACACGCCACAAGGGAGAUACGCCACAAGGGAGACACGCCACAAGGGAGACACGCCACAAGGGAGACACGCCACAAGCGAGACACGCCACAAGGGAGAUACGCCACAAGGGAGACACGCCACAAGGGAGACACGCCACAAGGGAGACACGCCACAAGGGAGACACGCCACAAGGGAGACACGCCACAAGGGAGACACGCCACAAGGGAGACACGCCACAAGGGAGACACGCCACAAGGGAGAUACGCCACAAGGGAGACACGCCACAAGGGAGACACGCCACAAGGGAGACACGCCACAAGGGAGACACGCCACAAGGGAGACACGCCACAAGGGAGACACGCCACAAGGGAGACACGCCACAAGGGAGACACGCCACAAGGGAGACACGCCACAAGGGAGACACGCCACAAGGGAGACACGCCACAAGGGAGAUACGCCACAAGGGAGACACGCCACAAGGGAGACACGCCAAGGGGGACGGGAAAUGA